CAGUCUCGUGGACAAUGGCCGAGAUCAAGGAGGAUGAGGAGAAGAAGUUGGGCAUCAGCGUUCUGCCUGGCCCGGAGCUAUUGGCUCUUCCAGGAUUUGAUACACGGGCUAGUAUUGCCUCAGCUGCCUUGAGUGAUGUUCCCAGUGAUGUGAUCAUCAAAUCUCGCAUACGAUAUGGUAGUACUCUAUCAGCCUGUAAGGGGUUACUCUUGGAGUAUGCAAAGAGUACUACCAUUCACGGUAUUCGAUAUAUCUUCGAGGUGCACCGACCAAUCUAUGAGAAAUUAUAUUGGCUGUUCUUCACAUGCAUUUCUGUGUACUUUGCCGUGUCACUUAUUUGGGAUACCUAUCUGAAGUGGCAGGACUCGCCUGUCAUUCUGGGUUUUGAUGAGACUUUGGUGCCGGUGCAUAAAAUACCAUUUCCCACUAUAACCAUUUGCCCAGAAAUCAAAAUGGAAAGGAAUACCUUUGACUAUACGAAUGUAUCGCGUUUACUUUGGGAUGAGUACAAGCAGAAUGGUAACAUCACUGAAUUGGAGGAUGAAGACCUGGCUCGAAUGGCUGCUGCCAUGCACAUUUGUGAUCCGGAUGUGGUGCAGCGGUUCUCGCCAUUGCUAUCGCAACUGCAUCCGCCGGAUGUGGACGUAACGCAGACACUGAUUGAUUUGAGUAUCUCGAAGAACGAGACGGGUCCAUUUUGUAAGUGGAAUGGACGGUUCUACUUCUGCGACAAGAUAUUCGACUUUGUGGCCACCGAUGAGGGUAUUUGCUAUCAAUUCAACGGCCUGCGACCCAAGGAUAUCUAUCGCGACGAGAACUUCAUCAGCUAUGUUGACCCGGAUGUGGUGAACUUCAACAACUACUUUGAUGUGGAUCUGCCGCGCUGGAAUAAUAUAACUGGAAAUUGGUCACUGGGCACUGGGUUUGUGGACCAGGGUCAGAAUGCGUAUCCCCAAAGGACGGUGUUCUCAUCGGCGAAGAAUGGGUUCUUCGCCUUCUUGCAGGGUCUGCAGCACAAUUUCGACUACGAUUGUCGUAGUUUCAAACAGGGCUAUAAGGUCUUUCUCAACUCCCCGGAGAGUGUGCCACUGACGUCGGGCAAUUAUAUCCUGGUACCCCAUGGCGAUGAGGUUCUGGUCAGUGUGUUGCCCGCCUAUGUCGUGUCCACCGACAAUUUGCACGAAAUUACCCCAGACAAACGACAAUGCCUGUUCGAUGACGAGCGGUCCCUGCGAUUCUUCCGAUCUUAUUCUCAGAGCAAUUGCCAAACCGAAUGCCUGGCCAACUUCACGAUUGCCAAGUGCGGUUGUGCUAAGUUCUGGAUGCCAAAACCUGUGGGCACUCCUGUCUGUGGAUUGAGUGACAUCAACUGCUAUACAUCCGCCCAGGAUGAGCUCUAUGCCCUGUUGCAAAACCAAACUAUGGCCAAGAGUGUGGAUGGCAGUGUGGAAAUCACCUGCAACUGCUUGCCGGCCUGUACUUCGCUUGAGUACAACUUUGAGAUCUCUAGAGCCAAAUACGAUGUGGCCAAAACCAUUCGGGCCUUCCGCGAAGUAUAUGAGCAUACAGAUGCCAUUGGAUCGCGUCUCUCUGUCUACUUCAAGGAGCAUCAAUUUACAGCCAUUAAACGAACGAUUCUUUUUGGAGUCUCCACACUGAUUUCCAACUGCGGUGGCAUCUGCGGCUUGUUUAUGGGCAUCUCGUGUCUCAGCUUCCUGGAGCUGAUCUACUUCUUCUGCAUGAGGAUCUGUGGCAGUUGCCGGGAUAGGCGGAAGCACAAGAUACAACAGCAAAACUCCAUGGAUCUACCAGAGGAUAUCUCCGAGAAUGAUCUUAAAGAUCAGUAAAUGCAAUUUCCAAAAAACACUUAACCUUUGUGAAUGUAAAACUAACACAUUUUAAAUAAAUCAAUUGCAAUGA